UCUAUAGUCUUUAAAAACUUGGAAAUUAAAAAAGCUAAGAAGAUGGUAAGAACACCAUACAUUGAUGAAAAUGGACUUAAGAAAGGUGCAUGGAGUGUUGAAGAGGAUGAUAAAUUAAGAUCUUAUGUUCAAAGAUUUGGUCAUUGGAAUUGGAGAGAAAUUCCCAAGUUUGCAGGUCUAGCAAGGUGUGGGAAGAGUUGUAGACUAAGGUGGUUAAAUUAUCUAAGGCCUAAUGUGAAGCUCGGCUGUUUUACUAAGGAUGAGGAGGACCUUAUUAUCAAACUUCAUCUCCAACUUGGUAACAGGUGGUCUAAAAUAGCAGCAAAGCUUCCAGGUCGUACAGAUAAUGAAAUAAAGAACUAUUGGCACACCCAUCUCAAAAAACGUGCAAGGCAACAGCCAUCAUCAAUAGUAAGUAAACCAAGGAAACGUAUUGGAAAAAAGGUUCAAUUCAAAGACAACUACGAUUUUAAAGACAACAAUGUACUUAUUUUGGAAAGCUACCCUUACUCUUUGUCCCCGCUUCAACCACAACAAUCUAAUCAUAAUAAUAAUUCUGAGAAUUCAUCUACUCAUACUCCAUCAUCAUCAUCAUCAUCAUCAUCAUCGUCAUCAUCACAUCAUGAUCAGGAGAAUAAUACGUUAUCUUCAUGGGAUUUUAACGAUGAAUUGCUGGAUGGAAGUUUCUGGAAUCAACCAUUCUUCACAGAGAAUUGUUAUAAACAAGAUGAUUAUUAUGGUAAUAAUAAUCUUGAUUUUGAUUUUGAUUUUGAUUUUAGUUUGUUUGAUCAAAGUUUAUGUUCUCCGUUUUGGGAUUUUUUGGAUUUCUCUUGUUCCGUAGAUCUUUAAUGGAUGUUAGAUGAUUUAUUAGUAUAUAAAAUAAUGUAAUUAAGACGGGAAAAUAUAUAUAUAUGAUUAAGUGAAAAUCAUUAAAGUUGUUGUGAUUGAUGUAACCACACAAAAGUGAAUGUAUUAAAAUGUGGAUUCAUCUAUCCUUUACAAUAAUGCUACAUUUGUAGUUUUAUUUUUCUUGUGCUAUAUAUAUGUGCAAGGUAUUGUAGUACCGAGAUACAACAAUAAGGAAAUAGAAGGAAAACUGAUAUAAGUUUAUCUCUUAUACUACU